AUGAUUGCUGAGUGUGUUCUGGUGCUGGCAACGGCAUCGUUGAUCGUCACCUCACCCAUCACCAUGAGCAGCGGGUGUCAGUGUGCUAUACGAAAAGGUGAGAGCAGAGAAUGGACACAUUACGUACAGAGCACAGGAAGGAAGGAACAGAUAGAGAAGCAAGAGGGGAAAGGCAUGAAAGGGGGGUCGCCUGAGGUGGGGGAGGAGUGCCUCUACGAGCUGGGCGGCAGGAAGCAGACUGAAUAUCCGAAACCGCGAGGAGCUGCGUGUCAGCGGAAGUCGGUACCCGCUCACGGGAUACCAUCGUGUGACCAGACAGUCGGUACGCUUCGUAGUAUGGACAGGCCAGACAACCAGGCCGGUGGAGUCGCUGUGUACGUGGACUCUGCACUGCGCUGUGAACACCGCCUUAUCUUGAUGCCUACAGCCGAGGUGGUCAACGUCCUGAUUGAUGUCAGAAUUAACAACGUCGUCACUAGACUGUCCCUGUACGCCUGGAUGCUUGCAGACUCAGAGGACACACCUACGGGUGGGGAGAAGACGCCGGAACCUGCUAAGCCGCCUCCAGGACGACCACCUUUCAAAGUGUGCUUCAAACUCGCCAGAGUGCGAGGGCGGUCUGACAUAUCCCCCUGUCACCACCGGGGCUUUGUGCAUGCGGUGACCGGUAAGUUCUACAGUAUCAGGGAAUCUUCGUGUCAGCAGGAACCAGACGUGGAGGCGGUAAACCGGGCCUACAGCCUGGGUCCUCGACAGCUGUUCCACAGUCCCCGCCUGGAGAGUCACCGUUAUGGAUGGCACCAUGACGUCACUUUUGUAGAUUCGGACAUCCUGAAUGACCGCAGGCUGAACUUCUUCAACAGGACCGCACCCAUGUUCCGCACCCCUACAAUCAUCACUAAGAAGUAACAAUGCUGCCAACACAGACCAAGCAACAAGUUGCACUAUUACUCGUAAAUACAACAGUGUUCAAUUGUAUAAUAUUUAAAGUAUUUAUUUUGAAAUAAAUAUUUUAAAUAAGUA